AUGGUUACUGUACCAACCAUUGCCACGACGAUAAUUGCCCUAAUUCUCACAUUAUUACGGCUAUAUGUACGACGGUACAUGAUCCGGAUGUUGUCCUGGGAUGACUGGUUCAAUGUCUUUGCCAUGGUAACCCAACUGGUUGUGCUGGGACUGGUUCUUGGAGCAACCUCGUAUGGUUUUGGACGACACGUAAAAUACGUGGGCCAUGACCAUGCGACGUACAGCAUGAAGCUCUUGCGGAUAUGUGAAUUCCUAUUAAUCUUCACAACCGUCUUCCUCAAGAUUUCAAUUAGCCUAUUUCUAAAGAGACUUUUUCUCACAAGCAAGAAAUGGAGGGUUUUCUUCUGGUGCUUUAUCGCCUUCAACACCAUCACCAGCGUACUCGACGCUGCCGUCAUUUUUCCGCAAUGUACCCCCGUGGAACUUAAUUGGGAUAAGUCGGUGGAAGGACACUGUUGGUCGGCUAAUGCGAUCGAUGCAAUUGGAAUCGCCCAAGGAGCGAUUGCUGCAUCAACGGAUUUUGCUUUGUCCAUUCUGCCAAUUGUUUUUCUAUGGAACAUUAAACUCCCGAAGAGAGUGAAAGUGGGCAUAUGCGGGAUUAUGGCAUUGGGCUUCGCGAGCGGUGGUUUCGCAAUUGCUCGCACAGCCCUUGUUCCUAGUUUGAUGACAACGGAAGAUCCAACAUGGGACCUGGUUGACCUAUUCAUGUGGGCCGUACUGGAAGCGACCUUUGGGAUUAUCGCUGCCGCCGCCCCAUCUGUCCGACCACUCCUCGGUCAUAACUCCGUGACUACAAACUAUUAUUCUCGUGACAAAUCGCAUUCUCUACCGCUCCGGACCACGCGCACCGGGCGAACCUCGCGAAUUGAGUGGGGGCAUACUGUAUUUGAUACUAGAAACGAGCCAGACGAGCGAGAUGACUUUGGCGGGGACAGCGAAUCUCAACUUCGUCUGGAUGACCGGGGUAUCAUGAAAACCACUUCCAUUGAGGUGGUCACCACACUAGGGCAUACUGUGGAGAGUGACCUAGAUGCGAGACCAACUUCGGAGGAGAGUGCCGAAAGGAGAUACGUCUAG